GAAGUGGUGAAUCUGUUAAAGUGCACCAACUAGAUGUUGCCAUUCCUUUGCAUCUCAAAAGCCAGCUGAGGAAAGGGCCCCCACUGGGAGGUGGGGAAGGAGAGGCUGAGUCUGCAGACACAAUGCCGUUUGUCAUGUUAACAAGAAAAGGCAAUAAACAGCAGUUUAAGAUCCUUAAUGUACCCAUGUCCUCUCAACUUGCUGCAAAUCAUUGGAACCAGCAACAGGCAGAACAAGAAGAGAGGAUGAGAAUGAAAAAGCUCACACUAGAUAUCAAUGAACGGCAAGAACAGGAAGAUUAUCAAGAAAUGUUGCAGUCUCUUGCACAGCGCCCAGCUCCAGCAAACACCAAUCGUGAGAGGCGGCCUCGCUACCAACAUCCGAAGGGAGCACCUAAUGCAGAUCUAAUCUUUAAGACUGGUGGGAGGAGACGUUGAUCCAGCAGCACGUGUCAUUUCAUUAGGUCCUGUAUCUGAUGUUGUGGAUAGUGGAGUCCUCCAGCAAUUGAAUGAGAGCAGUGGACACAUCUCAGCAGGUCGGUCUAGAGAGUUGCGAAUCUAAACCUGGGACA